CUUCGGUGCGGCGCGCUGAGCGGUGCUGGGCGCGGCCAUGCAAGCGCGGCGUCUGGCCAAGCGCUCCAGUCUGGGCAACCGGCGCUUAAACACGGCGGGGCCGCCCUCGGCCGCGCAGCCUUUCCCGGAAUCGGGGGGCCGCGGCGUAACGAAGACCGAAAACUCCUGGAGGCCGCCUCGGCGCGAGGGCUCGGCAGCCGCCCUCGAGGAGGAGGACGAAGAGGAGGACGUGGUGGUGGACGUCGAGGAGGACGACGACGCCGACGAGGCGGAGGAGUUGGCCGGGUCGGGCAAGGGCCACGCGGCCGCCCGGGUAAGCCUGAAGGUAACCAGCAUAAAGCGUGAAAUGACCUUUGCAGCAUUUCAAAAGGAAGAUCUAAAAAGUGAUCUAAAUCAAAAACUCUCAGAUCAGCAAUUUUUUGUGUUGGCUAUGAAGGAAGAAGAUUCAAAAACAGCAGACACCAAAAAAAUUGGCAGAAUUCAUGAUCAUGAAAAAGAAAAUACUCGUUCUAUCUGUCUUCUUGAACAGAAGCGCAAAGUUGUAUCUUCAAACAUUGAUGUGCCUCCUACAAGAAAAUCUUCAGAAGAAGUGGACAUGGAUAAAGUCACGGCAGCUAUGGUUCUAACUACUUUAUCCACCAGCCCUUUGGUUCGCAGCCCCCCAAUCCGUCCUAAUGAAUCCUUAAAUGGAUCCUGGAAAGAAGGAGGAUUUGUGCCUUCCAGUACCAGUAGCAGUGGGUAUUGGAGCUGGAGUGCCCCAAGUGACCAAUCAAACCCAUCUACUCCAUCACCUCCCCUUUCUGCUGACAGCUUCAAACCAUUUCGAUUACCAUCUCAAACAGAUGAUGGCAUUGACGAGGCUGAAACUAGCAGUCUUCUUUUUGAUGAACCCAUUCCUAGGAAAAGGAAGAACUCCAUGAAAGUAAUGUUUAAAUGCCUUUGGAAAAACUGUGGAAAGGUACUAAGCACUGCUGUUGGCAUUCAGAAACACAUCCGGACUAUUCAUCUUGGACGUGUAGGAGAAUCUGACUACAGUGACGGAGAGGAAGAUUUUUACUACACAGAGAUACGUCUCAACACUGACUCAGUAGCUGAUGGAUUAAAUAGUUUAUCUCCAGUUUCACCCUCUCUAGCAUCUCUUCCUUUUUUUCCAUCCCAAGAUGGGAACAGAAGUGAACUAUCAUGUGCCAAAACAGAUGCUAAAGGGAUGACUCCUCUAAGCCGUUCAGCUCCUACCAACCUCUACCUCAUUCACUCUGAUCAUGCUUACCAGGCUACAGCUCCUGUGAACAUUCCAGGGUCAGCCAAGUUUACUCCCAAUGGAAAAAGCUUUAGCAUCUCUUGGCAGACACCCACAGUUACCUUCACUGGCCUUCCAGUUUCACCAACUCACACACGGCAUGUCGGGAUCGGAGAACAAAAGCACCAGAUCCACGCUGUUCUUUCAUCACCACCUAGAGCAUCAGUUGGCCUCAGAAAACCUAGAGGAGAGGGCAAGAAAUGUCGCAAAGUAUAUGGGAUGGAAAAUAGAGAUAUGUGGUGUACAGCUUGUCGUUGGAAGAAGGCCUGCCAAAGGUUUAUUGAUUGAAGCCCAGAAACAAUACGGAGUUGUGUAUAAUAGGGUUCCCUUGCUGCAACCGUGCAGUGUGACUCUUCCCACCUCCUUGAGUGCUGAUGUCUAUUGAAGACUGGCACUCUAAAGCAAAUAUAUUCAUUUCAAGGGGAAGGACUUCUCAAAAACCUAUACGCAGCAAUAUAGGAAAAACUCAACAAAAUCUUUACCAAGUUUUGAAUCAGGAGCAGCUAUAUGCAUCUUUCUGGAACAAAAUCUGUUUUUAAUACCUUGAACAACUCGCCUGCCAGGACAUUUGUCUUACAUACUACAUCAUGAUCAGUAUUUCACCUUUGGAAUCACUUAAAGCCAAGAUUAAGUGAUGCUACUUUUCUGAGAAUGAAGUAAAUGAAACACAAAUACACGCGUGCAUACACAGACACACUAAACUUUAGAAAUAAGCUACUUUUUUCUCAAGAGCAGCUCUCCCAAAAGUGGUAAAUAAUUCUAUUGUGAACAGUCUUGAUUCAGCGUCUGGUGCUUGUCCUUUAAGGAUAAUGGAAAGAUGCUUUGCUAAAGGGGCAAGAAAUUUAAGAGUGAUCUCAAACUCAGACCUGAAGGUUGAGCACUUCUUGUAUCUGUCCCAAAGAAGGCUAGUUGGGGUACAAUCACCAGCAGUCCUAAGCAAAAAAAAAAACCCACACAUGGGAAAGGAGUCUGGUUUUAAAUGAACUUGGAUUGAAAUCAGCAUACAUACCAACAAAGUUUGGGUUCUGGGAUAUCUUCUUAGAAGUAAGUACUGGAAAAUGUUGACCAUCUCACAGUGCUAAAGGCUCCGCUCAGACUAAUGGGCAGCCCAGUGGAUUUCAUCAACAUUAAUUCAGGGAUGUGAUCGACCCAGCAGCUUUUCCCCUGCUUUUUACGCCAUUUCUAGGUUAACAUUUUAGUUCAAAGAGCAAAUUAUCACUUCAGGGGAUAGAGAUUAAAAGGACAAACUGGUUUUUCACUUCCCGACAUGUAAAAUAUGAGUGCAGCAAAGCAGAUGUCUGUAUGUAAAAAAAUCCCAUUGGUUAUAAAGUUCUUUCAAUAUCAGAAAUAAAAGCCUUCACGCUGGCUUGCACUUUCAUAGGUUUUUGUGCUUUAGUGUAAUUUAAUCUUCAUUUGGCCCAUGAGAUAGACUGUUGUAGCUGUGGUGUAAAUUGAGCUAAUGCUUGAGAAUCAGUAGAAAGUUUGGACAUAGGUUACUGGAAAUAAUGUCUACAGAUUGCCUAUUAAAAUAAAGGAAUUCCUAUAAGAGCACUACCACAUAUUAAUAUAAAUACGGCUUGUGCUCAAGACCUUCCUGGUGGAUAUUGUCCUUUGAUAUUAACUCCAGUGGGAUGAGAUAGGUAUCCCAAGUUGGGAAAACAAGAGCAAGAAUGGAAGCCCUUGAUGCUGUUGUAUGAUGACAAGUCAGAAAUAAAUUUUAUUGGGGAAGGGGGGUAGAGGAACCACUGAUGGUCUAUAUUAUAAAUCACUAUUAUGUAGAGUGUCUGCCUAUAAUAAAUAUAAAAAAGCACAAAUUUUAAUUAAAACAAAGAUUAUUAAGCUAGGGCUGACUCUUCUAUAAACUUCAGAAUGAUUAAGUUAGCUUUAGCGCAAUGAUAAUAUUAAAAGAAUUCAGGUAGGCCUGGAACCGUCUUCCAAAAUAAGGCUAUCUGGUUGAAAACACUUCUACUGUACUGAUAAAAGGCUUCUUGUACUAAGCAUUUUCAUCAGAUAUUCAUCCAGCUUUCUCAUUGUCUUCAAAAAGCGCAAUUUUAUAGCAUGUGAUUCCACUCAUAAGUAGAGAAUAGGAAAUUUCUUUCUUGAGAUUUGGUGGGAAAGUCAGAAAAAGGAAUGAAAUCGACAUAUAUUGCUUUUUUCCCCCCUUUAUAGUUUGAUCUUUAACUGUUCAGCUUAACUAUCAGUGUCUAGCAAAAGUAAGAUUUAGGAAAAUCUGAGGUUGUAUGUGCUUAUUUAUUUAUUUAACAGAAAAUUGUAUUUGUCAGAUAUUUCUUUGGAUCAUAGUAUUUACAGGGAGAUGACAACUAAUUUUGAAAGAGUAUAUUAUAUAAUAAUCACGUCUGCAUUCUAACUUGAAUGUGUUAUUUUGCACUCCUAUAAUUGUGUUGAAAUAUAUCUCUGGCUGCAUGCAUGGUCUAUCCAAAAUUCACUAAUAAAUUGUUCUGACCUGCUGCUUCAUGGCCAGUAUAUGUUCUGAAGGAAAUACCAAGUAUGGCUUUAUGUAUUUUUUCCUAAUUUCACAUACAAAAAAGUAAUAGAGUUCACAUUUGCUGGCAUUCCUGUUUAAAGAUUUCUAAAUGAUAGGGCUACAGACAGGGAGGAGGUCUGCUUGAAAGCACAGAGGAUUUCCACUGUGGUCAAAAUUAAGCUAAGUAGGUUUGAGCUAACCAAAGACAGCUUAAUAAAAUUAAGCUAACACUCUUGAUAUAGAAAAAAACAACCUCAAAAUCACCUGGAAAGCUAGAGUGCUAUAAUGAAUUACUAAAUUUUUCAUACAUUGAAAGUAGGUGUGCAUUUACCUUAACAAAAGUUCAGGCUGGAAUGUAUUGAAUUGAUUUUCUUUCAUUGGGCUUUAUUUGCAUCAUCCUAUUUUCUUCCUUUAGUUUGGUAUUUCUUUUCACAGGAUGUAUGCCAUACAAUUUUUAAAAAAAUAUAACUUAGUUGAAUCAGCUGUUGGUGUAAAUUGUGAUCACAUGCCCUGGAGAUACCAAGACAGAAGUGGAAAAAAUCGUUUUAAGACCAUGCUGGCGAACCUAUGGCACGCGUGCCACAGAUGGCACACAGAGCCAUAUUUGUUGGCACACCAGCCGUCAUCUCUGGCACACAUGCGCACACCGGCCAGCUGAUUUUUCACCCUUCUGGAGGCCAGGAGAGGUCAUUUUACCCUCCCCAAGCUGAAGGCUUCCUGCCCACCAUACACAGGUGGGCGAGCACGCACACGUGCGCAAUAGUGCAUGUGUGCCCAAUUUUGGCAUGCCAUAAGAAAAAGAUUUGCCAUCACUCUUCUAAGAUAUAUGGGUUGGUCAUUGUUGGAAAUAAGUGAUUUAUUGCAUAUGUAUUCAAAUUGAGAUAGAAAUUAUAAUAUAUGCCAAAUAAUAUUGGUAAAUUUAUUAUUCCUACUUUAUGUUAUGUUCUCAAAAUGUUCAAAGCAGACGUAAAUACAUGUUAUUAUAAUCAGACUCCACAUUCCUAGGAAUUUUAAACUUGGUCAUUCAGUAUUUUUAUUACACAUUUUUCUAAUUAACUCUGCACUCUUGAGGGUUAGAAAAUUUUAAAGAUAGAAAAAUAAUCAUAGGAUAAUAACUGUUUGCCAAAUAUCGUUCAUUUAUGUGCAAUAUAGCCUUUGUAAGUUCAUUUAUUGCUUUUUCCUAUCCUCAAUUUUUGGUUUUGCAGACUUUUACUGAGUAUGUUCAACUUCAACAGUGAAAACGUUUUUAUCUUUAUAGAGAUAUUUGAACAACUUUUUCCCAUAGUUAGAUUAAAGGCAACUGACCUAAGAUAGGAUUUGCUUGCUUAUACUUUAUAUGACAUUACUGCCAGAUAAUUCUGUUGGAUCUCUAUUCUGUACUAUAAAGAGACAAGCAUAAUUUGGCAGUAGAACUGCUGGAAUUUGCCUUGUUCUAUUUAAUAAGUGUUCUUCAUAACAUUGAUUGUAACAUAAUAAAUUCUUUUUAUUGCUGGAGAAUUUCAAUAGGGCUUUAAACUUACCAAAAGACCCAGGAAAUAGGUGCUAACCAGAACUGUAGCUUAGAAUUAGAGAUAUGGUAAGCAAGGGGGUUGCAGUUAGUGUUUCAUAAGACUUUUUAAAAUAUAAAUUACUGCUUACUUACUUAUAAAUAAUUUCAAAAUUAUUUAUAAGAUAUCACUGAGGUUUUGAGAAAUGCAAAAUAUUUUCCCAACUCUCCCUGAUACUUUUCUUAACAUGUUUUCUUAACAACUUAUGAGCCACGAUGGCGCAAUGGUUAGAGUGCAGUACUGCAGGCUACUUCUGCGGACUGCCGGCUACCUGUAAUUUGCCAAUUCAAAUCUCACCAGGCUCCAGGUUGACUCAGCCUUCCAUCCUUCCAAGGUGGGUAAAAUGAGGACCCA